GGCAGAGGCAGUACUUGCUCGUGGCUCUGCCUCUCAUCACAUGGGGCGUUAUUAGUAUACAGUUUUUGGAUGAAGUUCCAGUCUCCUGCUCGCUUCACUGAAUCCCAAACUACAGUUUCUGCUCCUGUGUCCUGCACCUGCUUCUACAGCCAUGACUGAGUUGGAGCAAAGCAUGGAGAGCCUGUACCUGGUAUUCCACAAAUAUGCUGAUGGAGACAGUGAUGCAAAGACUAUAACCAAGAAGGAGCUGAAAAAACUAAUGAAUACCGAGUUGCCGAGCUUCAUGAAAAACCAAAGGAACCCCAAAGUCGUGGACUACAUAUUAAAAGAUUUGGACGCAAACAAAGAUGAUAAGCUGGAUUUUGAAGAGUUUCAUCCCCUUGUGGCUCGCCUCUCAAUGAUAUCACUUGGUUCUGCAGCCGUGACUGAGUUGGAGAAAAGCAUGGAGAGCCUGAUGAAGACAUUCAACAAACAUGCUGAUGAAGAUGCUGAUGAUACACACACCCUAACCAAGAAAGAACUGAAAAAAAUAGUGGAGGCCGAGUUGCCAAGCUUCCUGAAAGCCCAAAAGGACCCCGAAACCGUGGACAAUAUAUUAAAAGAUUUUGACGCAAACAAAGAUGAUAAGCUGGAUUUUGGAGAGUUUCUUCUCCUCGUUGCCCGCAUCUCAAUCUCAUGUGAGAAGUUUUACAUGCUCAGUUGCAAGAAGAAAAGCAAGAAGUGAUGGGCAAAUUUUAGGUUGAACAA